AUGACACUAAAUGGAGUUUUGUCUACUGUCGUUGACGUUAAGUCUUCGGCUGACGAAUUCUUUAAAGCUAUCGUCGGAAACGCGUUGAGAAUCCCUGGCAAAGGCGAUGUGGAUACCGAGUCUAUACACUGGGUGAAGAGGAUAAUUACGGUGAAAUUUAACCGGGAAGGGAUCUUGCAGGCCUUCAAGACCCUCAGAGGAACCAUCACCGUCACUCCCAAAGAAGAAGGCGAUGGUAGUCACGUAAUGUGGACCGUCGAGUAUGAGAAGCUUUACGAAGAGAUCGAAGACCCACAGUACCUGGUCGACGUGGCUCACAAAAACUUCACAGAGUUGGAUGAUGACCUUCUUAAGUAA